AUGGGCACGUUUCAAAACAAGACAUUCCGCUCGUCGGCCGACGCAGGCAGAAUCGGCAUGAAGUACCGCGCUCUCAUGGCCAAGCACCCGUUCCUGGCCUUUGGCCUGCCGUUCAUGGCCGUCAUCGUGGCGGGCUCGUUUGUGCUGACGCCAGCGACGGCCAUUCGGUACGAGAAGCACGAUCGGAGGGUGCGCCAGAUGACCAAGGAGGAGGAGCUGAAUGUGCGGCGGGGGGCGCGCAAGGUGGAUAUGAAGGAGGAGUACUAUAGGCUUGCUGGAAGAGACCUGGACAACUGGGAGCAACAGAGAGUCAAGAGACUGCCAGGAGAAAACGACGGCAUCCUGUAA